UCCUCCCAUUCUCACCGCGCAUGCGCUGCUCAGGGAGCGCGCAGCGUGGCGAUCGGCGGUGCGCUGUGUCCCUCGGACACAGUGGAUCGCCGAUCACAGAAAGAGCCGAAGAUGUCGGCUCGGUCAUGUGAUCAGCUGUGUCCAAUCACAGCUGAUCACUCUGAUCAUCACGGCACUGAUGAUCAGUGUAACCCCAGGAGGGCCACCUGUCAGUGUCUUGUGUCGGUGCCUCGUGCCAGUGCCUAUCAAUAUCACGUAUCAGUGCCUACCAGUGCACAUCAAUGCUGCCUAUCAGUGCCAUGUAUCAGUGCUGCAUUUCAGUACCCAUCAGUGAUGCCUGUCUAUUCCCAUCAGUGCCACCUACCAGUGCAGCCUAUCAGU